AUGUUUCGAUGGAUGAAGCCUGCCCUCGGACUGAGGCAGAUGUCCUUGCAUGGAGUCAAUAGGAUUCUCGAGUCUCAGCCCAAAGUCGCUGCCUUUGAUACUAAUGGCUGCAUCAUUCAGUCCAGCUUUCCAAAGAAAAGCAAUGGCAAUGCGCCACCCAUAUUCCAACAGUGGUACUCAAGUGUCAUCAUUACAGAUCAGGCCAUGCACAGCAUGGCAUUGGCAGACUGGAAGAAGAAGAUCCCUGCGAUCGGUGCAGCUCUCCCAGAUAUUCCAUUCCACCUGCUAGUGUCUGUAGCCCAUGAUGAUUACUGCAGGCCAAUGCCUGGAAUGUGGUAUGAACUCGAAUAUACCUUCACAGAAGACAACUUGCAGAUUGACAAGGAGCAUUCCUUUCUCGUCGGAGGUGCCGCAGGCCAUUCCCAUGACCAUGCCACAAUGGAUCGCAAAUGGGCACUGAACAUCAAUCUGCCAUUCUUAACACAUGAGAUAGCUGGGUUCUCCCUGCGAGUCUUACCUGCAUCCACAUCUUUUCUCCUCGUGUCAACUCAGCAGCCUGAGAUAGUGGUCUUCAUCAGCUACCCGCCAAUUGGAAGUUAUCAUUCUACAGCAGACAUUCUGAGCCUGUGGGCUAUGUCCACAUAUGAAGACACAUUGCAGACGAGGGAGAAGUGUGUCAAGGCUGCACAAGGAAUGGUCAAGGAUGGCAAAAGCCAUGUGAUUGAUAACACGAACUGCACCAAUGAGAUGAGGAGACAUUGCGUCGAACUCGUGAACAAGCUUAAAGUUCCGAUACGCUCUCUCGAGCACGCACGGCACAACAACCUCUACUGCACCUUUUACCUCUCACGGUCUCAAAAAACAGAUGCGAGGCUGCCUCUGUACAAUACGCACACAAGCUUUCACGUGGCGUAUGAGGAGCCGCAGUUUAGUGGGAGUUUUGCGGACAUCAAGAGGGUGAAUUGGGUGUUUGAGGGUGAUGAGGAGGAACAGAGGAGGUGGAGCAUGUGGCUGCAUUUUGACGGUGAAUAA